AAUAAAAAGAAGAAAAGGGUAGGGUGGCUGACUAUCUCUCUCUCCUGUGAUUUUGAAAACGGUGUGUGUUGUCUCUCUCUAGUCUGUACUCUGUACUGUAGGAUAUAUCCAUUCCUUCCUUCCUUCCUUGCUUAUUAUCGAAAACAGCGCAGCCCCAGUCCCAGGCAGGGUAGACACCCAAAACAAAACCCUUUCCCUUUCCUUUAGAGGUUUAUAACAUAAUAAUAACAAUGAGCGAGGCUGCGACGUUAAACAACAAAUGUUACUAAGAAGAAGAAGAAGAAGUAGUAAUGCAGAAACUAUUACAGCGCCCAACUUGUUCUUCACUCCCUCCUAUUCUUUCUUCUUCUUCUUCUACUACUAAUACUGUUACCGUUAAUGCCCUCUUUCUCCCUUUACCACCAAAACCCUUUUCAUCUUUACUUCAUUCUACCACAACAACAAUGGCGGCAGCAGCGCCGCCUUCACAAUCUAUUGGGGUUUCCUUAUCCCCUUCUUCUUAUUCUUCUUCGAAGAGGACUUAUUCUUCUUCCUAUGUUCGUACUACUAAAUGUUUCUCUCCAUCUCUAACCCUAACACGCCACACUACUACUAACAGAUUCCUUCCCUGUCUUCCACUUCACCACUCUUCUUUUCAUAAUAAUCAUCAUAAUCAACAACAACAGGGUACUACUACUACUACCACAGAGGACGACGACGAGGAUUCUUCUCUUCUACACACCAACCCUUCUUCUUCUUCUUCUUCUUCUUCCUCCUCCAACGCCUCCAGGCUAAAUAGGAGGCAAAAGACUUCUUCUUCUUCAUCUCCUGAAUCAUCAUCAUCACCCAAUCCUCCUGAUUUGUUGGCUAUUCCCGGCGUCGGUCCCAGAAAUUUCAGAAAACUCGUUCAGAAAGGUAUCCAAGGUGUCGCUCAACUCAAACAACUCUACAAAGAUAAGUUCAUUGGCAAAUCUAGUGACCAGAUGGUUGAGUAUCUACAGAGUUCUGUUGGAAUCAUCCACAAGAACCAUGCUGAAAGUAUAACUACUUUCAUUAAAAAGAGUGUUGAUGAAGAAUUAGACGAUACUUCCACUCGGAACCGGCCUCUGCAGAACAAGCGCCUUACUUUCUGCGUCGAGGGUAAUAUCAGUGUUGGCAAGACUACUUUCCUUCAGAGAAUAGCCAAUGAAACUAUUGAACUGCGUGAUCUUGUUGAGGUGGUUCCUGAACCCAUUGCCAAGUGGCAGGAUGUUGGACCUGACCACUUCAAUAUCCUUGACGCUUUUUAUGCUGAGCCGCAGAGGUAUGCAUACACCUUUCAGAACUACGUAUUUGUUACUAGGGUCAUGCAGGAAAGAGAGUCUUCUGCUGGAAUCAAGCCUCUUCGAUUGAUGGAGAGGAGUGUUUUCAGUGACAGGAUGGUUUUUGUACGAGCUGUUCACGAAGCCAAUUGGAUGAAUGAGAUGGAGAUCAGCAUUUAUGACUCUUGGUUUGACCCUGUUGUGUCCACCUUGCCCGGCCUUAUUCCUGAUGGUUUUAUCUAUCUUAGAGCAAGUCCUGAUACUUGCCAUCAAAGAAUGAAAUUACGGAAGAGAGAAGAAGAAGGUGGAGUCAGCCUAGAGUAUCUACGUGGCCUCCAUGAAAAGCAUGAGAGCUGGUUAUUCCCCUCCCAAAGUGUUAAUCACGGGGUAUUAUCAGUCAAUAAGCUGCCCCAUCAUGUCGACAAGUCUUUACACCCUGAUAUAAGAGAUCGUGUAUUUUAUCUCGAGGGUGACCACAUGCAUUCCAGCAUUCAGAAGGUUCCUGCAUUGAUUCUGGACUGUGAACCCAAUAUUGAUUUCAGCAAGGAUAUUGAAGCCAAGAGGGAAUAUGCGCGCCAAGUUGCAAAGUUUUUUGAAUUUGUCAAGAAACAGCAAGUUCUGUCUCAGGAAGCUCUUGUAGGUGAUAAAAAUAGCCAAGGCCAUCCACAGGUGCUGCUACCCCGUGAAGGUAACCUGUGGCUACCAGGUGGAAAGCCUUUCCCAGGGCCACCCUUUGACUUCAAAAGGGCAAUGUCAUAUAUGUCUGGUAGUGGCUGAUAACCUUGUGAUUGAGAUCAAGAUAUACUAAUAUCCCCCUGUUUAUGUGUUCAUGUUUUUUCUGCAUGUAGAGAGAGAUCUUAACUUAGACUUCGACUAUGUAAAGUUGGUAGUUAUUUAUGGUAAUACUUUGAUAGUUGCUACUAAUCUAGAGACUACUUGUUUUGUAUUUCUUUGGUUACAACGAUGGUCUUGGUACUAAUUUGUCGUUGUUAAUCGUUGAUAAGGGUGUUCAUAA